CGCCGCCGCCGCCGCCGCCGCCCGAGCGCCCGCCAUGCGCGCCGCCCCCGCCGCCCCGCUGCUCCAGCUGCUGCUCCUGCUGGGGGCGAGGCUCCAGGCUGCGGGAGUCGUGGAGCCACCACUGCCCGCCGUGGUCCUUACCAUCCUGGCCCGCAAUGCCGAGCACUCACUGCCCCACUACCUGGGCGCGCUGGAGCGGCUGGACUACCCCCGGGCCAGGCUGGCCCUCUGGUGUGCCACGGACCACAACACGGACAACACCACACAGAUGCUGCAGGAGUGGCUAGCCGCUGUGGGUGAUGACUAUGCAGCUGUGGUCUGGAGGCCUGAGGGGACGCCCAGGUCCUACCCAGAUGAAGAGGGUCCCAAGCACUGGACCAAAGAAAGGCACCAGUUUCUGAUGGAGUUGAAACAGGAAGCCCUGACCUUUGCCAGGGACUGGGGGGCUGACUACAUCCUGUUUGCAGAUACAGACAACAUUCUGACCAACAACCAGACACUGAGGCUUCUGAUAGAGCAGCGGCUGCCCGUGGUGGCCCCCAUGCUGGACUCCCAGACCUACUACUCCAAUUUCUGGUGUGGGAUCACCCCCCAGGGCUAUUACCGCCGCACAGCCGACUACUUCCCCACCAAGAACCGCCAACGCCGGGGCUGCUUCCGUGUCCCCAUGGUCCAUUCCACCUUCCUGGUAUCCUUGCGGGCUGAGGGAGCAGCCCAACUCGCCUUCUACCCCCCUCACCCCAACUACACCUGGCCUUUCGACGAUAUCAUCGUCUUCGCCUACUCCUGCCAGGCUGCUGGAGUCGCGGUCCACGUGUGCAACAAGCACCGUUAUGGGUACAUGAACGUGCCUGUGAAAUCCCACCAGGGGCUGGAGGACGAGAAGGUCAACUUCAUCCACCUGAUCUUGGAGGCGCUAGUGGACGGGCCCCCCAUGUGGGCCUCAGCUCACGUGUCCCGGCCCCCAAAGAAACCCAGCAAAAUGGGGUUUGAUGAGGUCUUUGUCAUCAGCCUGGCCCGCCGGCCCGACCGCCGGGAACGCAUGCUGAGCUCGCUCUGGGAGAUGGAGAUAUCUGGACGCGUGGUGGAUGCUGUGGAUGGCCGGACCCUCAACAGCAGUAUCAUGAGGAACCUCGGCGUGGACCUGCUCCCUGGCUACCAGGACCCCUACUCAGGCCGCACACUGACCAAGGGCGAGGUGGGCUGCUUCCUCAGCCACUACUCCAUCUGGGAGGAGGUGGCUGCCAGGGGCCUGGCCCAGGUCCUAGUGUUUGAGGACGAUGUGCGCUUUGAGAGCAACUUCAGGGGGCGACUGGAGCGGCUUAUGGAGGAGGUGGAGGCAGAGAAGCUCCUGUGGGACCUGAUCUACCUGGGCCGGAAGCAGGUGAACCCUGAGCAAGAGGCAGCCGUGGGGGGGCUGCCACACCUGGUGGUGGCCGGGUACUCCUACUGGACGCUGGCGUAUGUCUUGAGCCUGGCGGGUGCUCGCAAGCUGCUGGCCUCCCAGCCCCUGCGCCGAAUGCUGCCUGUGGACGAGUUCCUACCCAUCAUGUUUGACCAGCACCCCAAUGAGCAGUACAAGGCGCACUUCUGGCCACGGGACCUGCGUGCCUUCUCUGCUCGGCCCCUGCUCGCUGCUCCCACCCACUACGCAGGGGACGCCGAGUGGCUCAGCGACACGGAGACAUCCUCACCCUGGGACGAUGACAGCGGCCGCAUCAUCAGCUGGAGUGGCUCUCACAAGACGCUGCGUGGCCCCCCCCUGGACCUGGCUGGCAGCAGCGGGCACAGUCUCCACCCCCACCACCCUCGGGACGAGCUCUAGCUUUCUCUCCCUGCCUGUCUCUGUCUCUCGGACCUUCUCUGUGUCUUCUCCUGUUUCUGCCUCUGCAUAUCCCACUCCCGUUCUUUCUCUUUCUCUCUUCUCGCCCCUUCUGUCCCACCAGGUCCAGGCAGUGACUCCAGAAGAGCUCUCAGGAGCAGGCCGCAGCUGGCCAGGGAGCGGACCUGGAGAUCACUGGCAGGAGCCGCCACCAGAAGCCACAGACCCCAUAGAGACCCGACUGUCACCUUAGGCAUGGCCACUCUGCCCUCUGGCCCCACCUUACGUGGGGAGAAACCACUCAGAGAUGGGUCCCCUUCCCCGAAGUUCACGUAGCAAAAGGGCAGGGCUCCCAGGCCCUCUCACCCUCCUGACUCAGGAUCUGGGGUGGGGGGGAAGGUGGGGGGCUCCCCAGCCUUCAGUUCCAGGCUGGGCCGACACCAGGAGCCCUGCCUUCCCCGCAGACCCAACUGCUGGGGCCCCUCUGCCAUCUUCUACCUCCACCUCAGUCCCCUCCCCACUCGACGCCUGGGUCUCACCUGCCUGGGCCCACCCUCUCCCCUGGCCAGUGGGAAGUACAGGGGGGGGGGGGUGAGAGGAGGGCCCUUGCAGACUUGGUGCCCAGCACAUGGUAGGCCCUCAAUAAAAGCCAGCUGGUAUGUGCACUUUA